AAAUUAAAGCAAAUUCUGAUUUUAUCUACAUAAAAGGUCAGACUGGAUCUGGAAAAACGUACACAAUGGGAACUGGAUUUGACGUGAAUGUGAUGCCCGAAGAAAUAGGAAUAAUACCAAGAGCCAUGCAACAUUUAUUUGAUGGUAUUAAACAGAGACAAGAGGAAGCUAAAGAAAAGGGAAUGAUACCACCUGAAUUCAAAAUUAAUUUAUUUAUGGAGCUAUAUAAUGAAGAAAUCUUAGAUUUGUUAGACACUGCAAGAGAUCCUGAACAAAAAGGGAAAAAGUCUCAUAUUAAAAUCCACGAAGAUGCAACUGGAGGAAUUUAUACUGUAGGUGUAAUAACUCAGCCAGUAACAAGUGUAGAGGAGACGAGGCGUUGUCUAAGGAUGGGUGCUUUGUCUAGAACUACAGCAAGUACACAAAUGAAUUCUCAAUCUUCGAGAUCUCAUGCUAUAUUUACAUUACACAUUAAACAACAGAGGAUAGUAAAAUUACAGACAAAUGAAAAUGAAGAACAGAUGAAGGGUAAUAUGAUGGAAGAAUUUGAAACCCUUACUGCAAAAUUUCACUUUGUUGAUCUGGCUGGUUCAGAGAGGUUAAAAAAAACUGGUGCUACUGGUGAUAGAGCCAAAGAAGGAAUUUCAAUAAACUGUGGAUUGCUUGCUCUUGGAAAUGUGAUAUCUGCAUUAGGGGACAGGUCACAGAAAGUGACACAUGUACCAUACAGAGAUUCAAAGCUAACCAGGUUGUUACAAGAUUCCCUAGGAGGAAACAGUCAUACAUUAAUGAUUGCUUGUAUUUCUCCAUCUGAUCAUGAUUUUAUGGAGACUUUAAAUACAUUGAAAUAUGCUAACAGAGCAAAAAAUAUUAAAAAUAAAGCAAUUAUAAAUCAAGAUAAAUCUAGUCAGUUGAUGAUGAUGCUUCGUCAAGAGAUUCAACAACUAAAAUUGGAAUUAGUGGAAUAUAAACAGGGUAAACGAAUUGUGGGUGAAGAUGGCACAGAACAGAUUAAUGAUAUGUUUCAUGAAAAUACAAUGCUGCAGGCAGAAAAUAACAAUCUCAGGACAAGAAUUAAAGCGCUCCAGGAGACUAUAGAAAGGUUAACAGCUCGUAACACUGAACUUCUAGCUGAGAAAGCAAGUGGACAAUGGAUAGAACCUGGUGAUACAAAUUCAAAAUCUGAAAUCACACAAAUGAUACAAGGUUACUUAAAAGAAAUUGAAGAACUUAGGGCUAAACUAAUGGAAUCAGAAGAAACGUGUUCACAGUUAAGGAAACAAAGUCAAAGGCCUAAAACAUUAUUUCCAUUGAGUCCUCAUGCAGCAACUGUUGCAGUAUCUGGCCAAUAUGCAAUAACACCAUAUACUGAUGGUAAUGUAGAUGAUGUUCUAAUGGAAGCAAAAACAGAAGUAUAAAAACUAAUUGAAUGCUCAAAAACAUUAAAAGAAAAAAGUGAAGAAGAAGAAAAUGAUGAUAAAUUAGAAGAAAAUGAAGAAAAAGAG